CAGUGUCCCCAGUGUCCCCAGUGUCCCCAAUGUCCCCGUGUCUGUCCCCAGGCCCGCUCCAUCCUGUCCCGCGCCACGCGGGUUCGGUUCCGCCGCGUCGAGGACUUGGCCGCCGUCUGGUGCGAGUUCGGGGAGCUGGAGCUGCGCCACCAGCGCCACCAGGAGGCGCUGAGCGUGCUGCGGAAAGCCACGGCGCUGCCGGCCAAGCGCGCCGAGUACUUCGACAGCUCGGAGCCGGUGCAGAACCGGCUCUACAAAUCCCUCAAGGUGUGGUCCAUGCUGGCCGACCUGGAGGAGAGCCUGGGCACCUUCCAGUCCACCCGGGCUGUGUACGAGCGCAUCCUGGACCUGCGCAUCGCCACCCCCCAGAUCGUCAUCAACUACGCCCUGCUGCUGGAGGAGCACGGCCGCUUCGAGGACAGCUUCAAGGCGUACGAGCGCGGCAUCGCGCUGUUCCGCUGGCCGCACGUCGGGGACCUGUGGCUCACGUACCUGUCCAAGUUCGUGGCCCGCUACGGCGGCCGGAAGCUGGAGCGCGCGCGGGACCUGUUCGAGCAGGCGCUGGACGGGAUCGUGACGGGGAUCAGGAUCGGGAUCGGGAUCAGGAUCGGGAUCGGGACCGGGACGGGGGUCAGGAUGGCUGGGCACGCGGGGGAAUUGAGAACACGGGGGAAUUUUAUUCCAACAUAA